CUCUCUCUCUCUCUCUCUCUCUCUCUCUCUCAGUUGCCUUCCCAACAACAAGGAACAAUUGUUGUUAGUGAGAGAGAAACUUGUAAAUUUAAGAGAGAGAAAGUAACCGAUAGGCGAUACCGAAGAGAGAAAAAACUAUUGUACAAAUCGAUGGCUGACCACUCCGACGAUUUAGAUGAACUUCUUGACAGCGCUUUGGAUGAUUUUCAGAGCCUCAAUCUGACCUCUUCUGCUCAAAGAAUUGGGGAUGGUGAUGGUACAAAGCAAGAGUGUUUUCCAAUGCCUAGUGGAAUUCAAGGGCUUGGGAUGGGUUUACCUGAUCUGAGAACUAAGAAAAAGGGCAAGCAACAGGUUUCUAAAGAAUCAUAUGUUUCAGAGGCUCUUGACAAGCUUAGAGAGCAGACUAGGGAAGCUGUUAAAGGAUUAGAGUUGAUGACCGGUGCGAAACCCUGUGGAGAGAAUUUGGAAAAUGAUCCAAUGAUGGAGGAUUUGGUGAAGCAAUUUGAGGAGCUUGCUGGUUCUCAGAACAUGGAGUCUAUCGUGGAGACCAUGAUGCAACAGCUUUUGUCUAAAGAAAUUCUUCAUGAGCCUAUGAAAGAAAUUGGAGAACGAUAUCCAAAAUGGUUGGGAGACAACAAGACUAAAUUGAGCAGCCAAGAAUAUGAACGUUAUUCCCACCAAUAUGAACUCAUAAAAGAGCUAAAUGAAGUGUAUGUAACUGAUCCUGCCAACUUCAACAAGAUUGUGGAGUUGAUGCAGAAAAUGCAAGAGUGUGGCCAACCCCCAAUGAAAUUUUGCAAGAGCUUGCUCCUGAUUUUGACAUAUCAAGUCUUGGCCAACUAUCUCCGGAGAUGCUCGAUUCUCAACAAAAUUGUCGUAUAAUGUGAAGAAAGACCUUUCUUCUUGCUUGCAUUUUACUUUCGUUUCAUAUGGUACAUAGCAUGACCAUGUCUUUGCAUUGGUAAUCAGAUACUCAAUUUGAGGUUGUGAAACUAGAUACAAGGAGCCAAGGUUUCCUGUUGUCGAAUAACCAUAUUUAUCAAUUUAAGGAUGCCUUGGAACGGC